CUAGCCUUCAUGGGCUUUAACAGACAGUCGAAGAACGGCUCUGCUGAACACGCGUGGAAAGGCGUUCAUUAGUAGUCUACACUGUAACUCAGAAAAUUUGUCGGAUCUCGCGUUUGUAUAUAAUAAGUAUUGUAUUUUGACGUGACAGAAAGAGUCGCUCUAUUCUUUUCGGGAUAGAUACCAGGUAACUAAACAGAACCGGAGCCUUCCGGAGAGAGAUCAUCGGCGGGAAUGGCUUCAUCUCCGUGCGGCAGUGGGAACUUUGAUUGCGGGCUUGAGAUUAAAACUCGGUCGGUCGAGCAAACACUCAUGCCCCUCGUUUCACAGAUAACCACACUGAUCAACCACAAAGACAAGCUGAAGAAGACCGAGAGGACCCUGCAGGCCAUCCGCAGGGUCGGGCAGGCGGUCAGCGUUGCCGUGGGACGCUUCGUCGCCGUCGGAGAGGCCAUCGCUCUGGAGAACGAAGAUCUGAAAGAGGAGAUGAAUUUAGCCUGCUUUGAGGCUAGAAGAGCGGGGACAGCCAUAGCACAGUUGACGGAUGUGUCAGGCCUGGACCAGCUGGAAACUGAUGGCCGUAGCACAGUGUUCAGCGACAGGACGGGGAUGGUGAAGGCUGCACGUAUGCUCCUGUCUUCUGUCACCAAAGUACUGGUUCUGGCCGACCGCAUAGUUGUCAAACAGGUCAUCAGCUCUCGCAACAAAGUGCUAGUAACUCUAGAACAACUGGAAUGCGUCAGCACCUUUCAAGAGUUCGUGCAAAUCUUCAGCCAGUUCGGUAACGAGAUGGUGGAAUUCGCACACCUGACGGGAGACCGGCAGAACGAUCUGAAGGAUGAGAAGAAAAAGGCUCGCAUGGCUGCGGCCCGCGCCGUCCUGGAAAAAUGUACCAUGAUGCUCCUCACUGCGUCCAAGACUUGUCUGAGACACCCAGACUGCGAGUCGGCGCGGAUCAACAAGGACGCCGUGUUUCAUCGCAUGCGUUGCGCCCUGGACCAAGUCAUCGAGAUCGUGACGGACGCUCGGCCGAGCGGGGAGGCGAAAGCGCUGCCCGAUAGCAUCUACGCUGGGAUCAAGGACUUCAAGGGUAAGGUGGAGGGUCUGAGAGAGUCUCUAUGCUGUGUGAGUCCUGAGGCUCUGGUCGCUCAGCUGGGUGCGCUGGUGGAGCAGACGGAAGAUUUCACUGACUCAGCCUACACCAGCCACGAGCAGAGAGAGAGCAUCCUACAGCUCUGCCACCUCACACGCCAAGAAACACAGCAACUCAUCUGCACCUGGACCCAGGCUCAGCAGUCUCUCAAAGCCAAAGAAGCUACAGAGGAAAUGGAGUUGUCCAUCCUUAAAACGUGUCAGAGCAUCGGCGAGCUCAGGCGAGAGCUGCAUAAGGUAGCUGUGGGUAGAGCCGGCGACCUGCUGAAGCUGCAGUCGGACCACCUGGCCCUGCAGGCCCUGAAGGCCGCCGGAGGGGAGGGCAACCUGGAGGCUGUGGCUGAGUAUGCACGUACUCUGACGGAGCAGAGGGAACAGCUGGUAGAGACUUGUCGGCUCCUUUGUCACGUAUCGGGGACGGAGCCGCUGGAAAUCACGUGCAUACACGCUGAAGAAACCUUCCACAUCAUUGGUCCACAGAUCAUCUCGGCGGCCCAGACGCUGGCCCUCCACCCCAGCAGUAAGAUAGCCAAAGAGAACCUGGACGUGUUCUCUGAGGCCUGGGAAUCCCAGCUCUGCGACAUGGCUGUGCUGCUGAAGGAGAUCAACGACGUUUUCGAGGGUCGCAGAGGUGAUAAAAGAACAUACUUAUCUCUACCCAGACCAGGGAAACAUUUAACCAACCUGAAGACUGCAAAAGCUGCUAAACUCGACGCUGAGGAGCAGACCACGAUAGCUAAGCUUGGUUUAGAGCUGCGUCUGCUCACGUCCGACGUGGACUCGGAGCUGGAGAGGUGGGAGGACCAGGACCACGAGAUUGUUCGUCAGAGCCAGAGCAUGUCCAGCAUGGCUUACUCCAUGUACCUCUUUACCAGGGGGGAGGGCCUACUGAAGACAACGCUGGAUUUAUUCCACCAAGCUGAGGUGCUGUCCGAACAGGGCCUCCAUCUGUGUUCUGUUCUUCAAGCCUUCUCCACUCAGUUACUAGAUGAAGAAAAAGCACUCAUUAUACCCGAGAUGGAGAAGCUUGCAGGAGCUUGCCAGCAGCUGCAGAUCUGUGCAAAGACUCCAGUUCAGGGGAAGAGUGCCACCUUCCAGAAGGUUGACUCUUCCAUACAGAGCACCAAAGGCAUUAUGACAGUCUUGGUCUACCUUCUCCCGGUCUGUAAUAAGCUUGUCAGAAAGUACAGAUCAGAGCGUAGCAGUCAGGGUUCGCCGCAGAACUGGAGAGAGAGGCAGCUGUCUACUCCAGUGAAAGAGGACGCCCUGAACGGCAAGAGCUCCAAUGGGUUUGGGGUCAAAUCCUUGGAACAGCACAUGGCUAACCUCACCUUUCUGGAGAGCAAGUAGCCCAGAGUACCUCUGACCUACCCCUCCCAUGAAGAUCUCUCUACCUGUGCCCUUUUGGAGGGCAAUACACACACACACACACACACACACACACACACAGGGUGUUACCGUGGACUUGCUCACCAUGUGCUUCUGUCUUUGCUUAUGCUCAUUCGCUAUGUGAUGUACUGUUAGCUUUUAGCAUUAGCAUACCAGUCUAUUUCUAAUGUUUAUGUCAUAAAAAAAAUUGCCAGUGCUCAUUUCAAGCCAAGUUGUUCUUCUCUAUGUAUGUUGACUAUCUGGUGGACAUGUCACCUUUAAAAUGUAUCUCUCAAUACAUGUAUUUCUUAGGGUUGAUUUUUUUUAUUUUUUAUUCUACCAAAUUCCAUCACCCUCUAUGAGUAGUCUACGUUACCAUGCAAAUGAAUGCCAUGCUAAAUGUUUCAAACCAGCACACACACACACACACACACACACACACACCACAUACACUGUAUUUCAUGUAUCUGCCUCAUUUUAAAAAAUGAUGCCAAAUACGCUCACUGUUUAAAUGAUCGUUUCAUUACACUGUGGCUUGCUAACGGAUCGCAGUAUCAAGCAACAGGGCACCACAAUCGGACAUCAUUAUGAGUAAUUGCUUUUUUUUAAAGUCUACACAAUCAUUGUAUUCAAAAGAGUAUGAGAAGUGUGCUUUUGGUGACACAAUUCUGAAGGAAAUGACCCUAGUGGAAACAGUCAAAAUGAGCUGUGCCUUCAAGCAGGCGAAUCGGUUCCGUUUUUGUGUGUUGUACCAUGGGUGACUGCCUUGUGAUAUGGACUGCCUUGUAGGUCACUGUGAUAUGUAUUGUUACUUGAAACAGCAGAGCUCUUGAUUUGGUACGUUAACUCAAAUGGUUAGAAUGAAGACUGACAUCUCAGAAAAUCUCCCAAUUUCGACUGCAGUGUACUUGGAGCAACAAAUUGCCAUGGUUUUCUCUCGCGCCCGCAUACCGCAAUGACGACUCGCCUCGAGAACGUUUAAUCUGUUGAGCGGCGAGUUGCACGUCGCCUUGUUGCGCUGUUAUUUUGUUUGCUAAGUUGAAUUUCAUUCACAAAUUGACCAUUCACAAAACAGACUGAGCACAGACCAAGACUACUGCUUAGACAGGACAUUACAGCAAGCACAUGCGGCUUCUACCCUGUGUAUGGGAUAUGAAACCAUGUUAAUCCUCUGUUCUGAGGUACACUGCAGUCCGUUUAUAAGCUUUAGAGAGAUGAUUGAGCAGCUAUGUAUUUGUGUGAACCUCAGAUGAGAGCAACUAGUUUUGGACCAUUGAUCCUUUCGACAGUUGAAUGAUUGCUUAACCAAGAAAAAAAAAAAUCAAAAUAUACAUUAUUUUUCUUAAGAAAAUAUGGAUGAUUGUCAUUUAUUUAUGUAUUCACAAAAAAAUAAAUAUUU